UACAAGAUGGACGAAAAAGUUAGUUUUCUUCUCGUUCUCCCAACUUUGGCGGUGUUUUCAUGCUAUAUUGUCACUGGAUAGGCGUCUAGAAGACGUGAACCAUGUCUUUUUUUAUCACGAAGAAAACUUGAAAGAUACAGGGCGUAACUGUAAGGAACAUUUUAAAAAUGCAAACGACUUUUUAUAACCCGGAAGCGAGGCAGUUAUGGCGCCGUUUUCAAACUUUCCCCAACUUGGCCGACCUUGGGAUCGGGGAGUGGAGAAAAACAGACCUGAUCAGACUCCUGCACCAAGUCGAGCGCAAGAGAGAAGACUCCUCGCCAUCUGUUUUACAAAACCAGGUGGAUAAUAUGCUCGGAUUUCUGUACUUCAAGCUAAACAUGACCAAAGAAGCGAAGGGGUGUCUUGGGAGAGUGAAGGACCGUGAUCCAUCGAACAUCGUGGCUUUUACGACAAGAGGCUACAUUCUCUUGGACCACAACCGCCUUACACAGGCCAAGAUUGUCCUGGAGGAAUUUGAGGACGAGAUAUCCCCGGGGAAGACAACAGAAGAGGAGGUUGGGUUGAGGAAGGCGAUAGCGUUGGGUGAAAAGGCGUUUUGCUGCUCACAACUCGGACCGAAGUAUUUCAAACAAGGAAUUGAACUCUACGAGACCGCCUUAUCUUGCCCAGUCUUAGACACAGAGUGUGGAUUGGUUCUUAAGUUUGGCCUUGGCUUGUUGCUGUCUAAGUGUUUGAGUGAAGACGUCUGUGUACAGAUAGAAGGUUUUGAUCCGGACUCGUUUUACGGAAGGGCAAGAGACUUGUUUCUAGGCGUGGUCGCAGAGGAAACCAUGGAGAUGGUUGCUAGGGCGUGGCUGUUGCUAGGGGAGACGCAAGUGAAGUAUUUCCGCUUUCUGUCCGUACCGGAACAGGAUUUGAUGAAGAAAAUGGCGUCACAUUUGACUGAAGAAGUCUGUUUCGCCAAAGCUAAAGACAUCGCACAGGGGAAGGAUGCGUUCGUCUUAGAAAGACUAGGGUGUCAUCUGAGACUUUGUAAGAAAUUUAGCGCUGCCAUUGCAACGUUGGAACAAGCCAUAGAACUGAGAUCAACUUCAUUUGCAUAUCAUGAAGUCGGGCUGGUCUACCUAGAGAAAUGGGCAUCUUCUAAGAAACCCAGGCCUUAUAGGCCUACAAGGAACAAAGACGCCAAGCCACGUCUUAAGUCAUCGGCGAAAAAGUCUCAAGCCGAUAUUUGGACGUCUCAGACAAGUGUCUCAAAGAGUAGGACACAGACAGGUGGAGGCGACACUGGGAUCUGGCACAGCGUAAAACCCACACCUUCGGAGCCACAUGCAAAUCUGCAACGCGUUCUCAAAUCGCCAGGAGGCGCUGCAGGGUUAAAGAACGCCGAUUGCGUCCUAAAAGUCGACCCAAAGACGGACGCCAUAAGAAGAGGGCAGGUCGAUCGAAUUCUAACUGCGGCAGGGAAUCUUGUCUUGAAAGAUGGCAAAAGCCUCCUACUGAAAAAAGCAAAAGAGUACUUCGUAAAAGCUCUUGAGCUAGGAGGAUUUUCUCGCUAUCUGAUCCUGAAAGAUCUUGCGAGAGCUAAGUACUCCCUUGGCACGGAUCCUUCGGAAGUGUUCGGCGUUUUGGAGCAGGCGCUCCGUACGGGCGAUGGAUCGGUACAGUUUCGGAAGUGUUCUCGCAAUGUUCUGGAGCUGUGGGGGUUGUACCUACUGGAUCAAGGCGAUAUCACCCGUGGAAAACUACUGCUGUGUAAGGUGUUGGGGAUGUGCGUGACAGAGAUGGUGGCACAGGACGUAUGCAAGGUUUCAGUCUGCGACAUUCUCCUGGGCCGAGAGAAAAACCCUAGCGGAGAACUCGCUACAACGUCGGUAAGAUACCUGCCAGUGUUGAAACACUAUCCCUUCCCGUCCUCAGUCACCACAACGGAACAAGUGCAAGAAUAUCUCAGUCAGCUUGUGGAAACGUGCGACGAAAACAACGACUUCUGUGAAGCAAAAGUGUACCGAACGCUUGUUACAGCUUUUGGCGGCACUGUAGAUCGGAAUCGUUCUACAGAAUGUAAUCUAGCUGUUGCUCGUAUCCAAGCGGGCGUCAGCGAAGUCAUCGCAAGUGAUGUUUAUCGCGAGACGUUUCACGGUGUCAUAGCGCCACCUGGCGAUCACAGUUGUCGCUACAGCGUGUUUGUCAUGUACGACCCCAAGGAUCAGACCCAAGCAGAUGAGCUGGUGAAACUGAUCGAGGUUGACUGCGGUCUUCAUUGCUGUUAUGAAUCAAGAGACUUCGAGCCCGGGUUGUUCCCGAUGGACAACAUUGAAAGGUGUCUGUCUCGCUCAUGCAGCGUUCUACACGUCUUAACUUUGACGUACGCCAGGAACUGUCUACAGUACACAGAGAAGACACGCCGACUGGUGAGGGAGAGGGGCCACGGGCGUGUAGCGGCGGUGGUGUACAAACAUUACCCCGGCCCACGGGAGUUGGAGGGCUGCACCGUCAUAGACAACGAGGAGUUCACCGACUCUUCCCAGGGGCAGAAGACCAGGAGAUGGGCGGAGUUUCGGGAGGCGGUGUUCCGAGCAUUGUUGCCGAUAGAUUGACCCUGACCUCUUCC